GCACUGAAAUGGCAUUCUGAAAAGAAUCCCAGCAACAAGGUGGAAGCUGAAAAGAAGUUCAAAGAAGUCUCUGAGGCAUGUAUGAUUUUGUUCAAUUCUCAGAAACCAUCAGUCUAUGGAAUGUCUCUAAAGGAGAAAAGACCCCAUAGAGAAAGAACUUACAAAUUUCGUGACUUUGAGGAGAUCUUUAGGAAAAUCUUGGAAGGGAUGGAUCCUGUCAUACAAACUUUCUGGGAUCCCUUCAGUGACAUCAUAAAUGCUGGUGAAAAUCCUCACAGUACAAGUGGAAGAGGAAAAAGCUCCAGCCUGUUUUCUGACUUUAAGAAACUGUUUGCACUGAGGAAUUCAUCCAGCCCUAGCAAGCGGCUCACCUCCUCCUUCACUGAGAGUACAACUGAGACACACACUGUCAGAUCAGCCUCAACCACUACUGAGAUGAUCAACGUCAAGAAGAUCAUGUGGAAGAUCACCCGGAAGAUCACUGAGAAUGGGCAGGAGAUAAUAAAAGAAGACCUGAGGGUUGUGUUGAUAAAGCACAAGCAUUAA